AUGAGUACUGAGAAGCCUGCGGUCCCAAAAAGAAGAUUUGUUGGUGCUAGGAAGAUUGUUGGUAAUAAAGAAUCUGUGGUCACUAAAGAUGUUUCUGCCGUUACCCACAAGCCAAGGUCAAAGGUGAGUGUUGGCAGGGCUAUCAAUCACAUUCCAGAUGAAAUCAUGAAUGAUAAGGAGCUGAAUGAAGCCAUAAAAGUUUUGCCUUCCAAUUACAAUUUCGAAAUUCACAAGACCGUUUGGAAUAUCAAGAAGCACAAUGCUAAGAGAGUAGCACUACAGAUGCCCGAAGGUCUAUUGAUUUAUUCGCUGGUGAUAAGUGAUAUUCUAGAACAGUUUUGUGGUGUGCAAACCGUUGUGAUGGGUGAUGUCUCCUACGGUGCUUGUUGUAUUGAUGAUUAUACCGCUAGAGCAUUGGAAUGUGACUUCAUUGUUCAUUAUGCACAUUCAUGUUUGGUACCGAUAGAUGUCACUAAAAUUAAAGUUCUUUAUAUCUUCGUUACCAUCAACAUUGAAGAACAACACAUCAUGAGGACGCUGCAGAAAAAUUUCCCCAAGGGUUCUCGACUGGCAACAUUUGGUACCAUUCAAUUCAAUCCUACAAUUCAUAGUUUAAAGGAUAAAUUGUUGAACGAUGAGGAUCACAUGCUGUAUCUAAUUCCUCCUCAGAUCAAGCCAUUGUCCAAAGGUGAAGUUUUGGGGUGUACUUCAGAGAGACUUAAUAAGGAACAGAUUGAUGCCAUGGUUUACAUUGGUGAUGGUAGGUUCCAUUUGGAAUCUGCUAUGAUCCAUAAUCCUGAUAUACCGGCUUACAGAUAUGAUCCAUACAGCAGAAAAUUUACUCGUGAGUAUUAUGAACAGAAGGAAUUGGUUAAGUUGAGGUCAGACGCUGUGGAAGCGGCUAGCAAGGGUAAGACUUUUGGAUUGAUUUUAGGUGCAUUAGGUAGACAAGGUAAUCUGGCAACCGUACAAAAUUUAGAAAAAAGUCUUACAGCGGCUGGUAAAACUGUAGUUAAAAUUAUCCUUAGUGAGAUUUUUCCUCAAAAGCUUUCGAUGUUUGAGAACGUCGAUGUAUUUGUUCAAGUAGCAUGCCCCAGAUUAUCCAUCGAUUGGGGGUAUGCAUUUAAUAAGCCUCUAUUGACGCCUUAUGAAGCUAACGUUAUGCUUCAAAGGGAUAUAGGAUUUAAUCAGGAUUAUUACCCAAUGGAUUAUUACGAGGUUAACGGUUAUGGUCGCGGUAAGAUUCCUGCACACGCUAUUCACAAGGAACAAGACGUACAAUAA